AAGAAAAGUUUUUUGAUCCACUCUUUGCUUUUCCUGGGCAUAAAGCAGCCAUAGCCAUGCCUAGGAGACUUGGAAAAGAAGUUGCACAACAAGUGGAAGUGGCUCCUGUGAGUCCAAGACAUUCUGAAGGUGAAAAUAGUCUGGAACACCUUCCGCCUAUUUCUCCCUUGGCUGAUCGCUCAUAUGGCAAUCCCAUUUAUCGCAAUGAUGAUGAGGAGAAAGUUGAUUCUGCUGAGUCAAGCAAUAAAAUAUCUCAAGAACUUCAGCAGAUAAGGAGGCUGCAAGAAGAAGCUAAUCAGAACAUAAAGCGUAGUCUAGAAAGCUUUCUUCAAGCCCAACAACAACAGUCAGAUCAGUUCACUCGAUAUAUGAAUACUAUUGAAAGGGCCAUCAAUGAAAGUUCUCGAGCCAUCCGAGAAGAUGUAGCAGAAAGUCGCAGAACCUUCACUGCAGUUUCUGAGAGAACCAUGGAACAUGUUCGACAGCAGCAAAAUGUUCCAAGGCAACCCGUACCUCCAGUAAUGGAAUUGCCACAGCAAAAUCUUCCAGAUCCUUUGCCCGGGGGGCACGGGGGGCAUAUUAAUCAGCCACAGGUGGUGCAGCAAAUGCCCAAUGCUCAAAAUAAUGCUCUUGGUGCUGGCCAGGUGCAGUUUAAUAGGCAGCAGCAAAACAAUCCUGCUGGUGGCAUCCUUGGACCACAAGAUCCUGUGGAAGCAGCAUUCUGUGCAGCUGAGCAGUUCAAUGCCAAUCAACAAAGAUAUGUACCCCCUGCACGGCGUCCAAAUGCUGUCCCACAGCCCAAUUUGCAGAAUAAUGUUUUUCAACCACUAGGGCUACAAGCAGCAGCUCCUCCCUUGGAUAGAAAUCAACUGAUUGAUCUAGUCCAAGAGACAUAUGGUCCAACUCUGAGACCAUUGGUUCGUCCUUCCUAUCACAAGCCGUAUCCAAAUUACAUAGAUCGGGAUAAUCCAUUUCCUCGUGGAUUCAAAGUGCCUGAAUUUACUUUGUUUUCUGGGGACGCAAGCCAGUCAACCAUUGGACACAUUGGUAGGUUCACUAUUCAAUGUGGGGAGGCAUCGGGUGAUGAUUUUUUGAAGUUGAGACUCUUCCCGAGUUCUUUAACGGGUACUGCAUUGACAUGGUACCUAAGUCUGCCGCAAAAUUCUGUAUUUGCUUGGAGACAAAUGGAAGAUUUGUUUCAUAUUCAAUUCUACCGUUCAGAGCCUGAGAUAUCCAUGGCUGAUCUUUCUAGACUAACUCAACGGCCAGGGGAAUCUUCUGAAAAUUAUCUUAUGCGACAUUGAACUUCGAAA